AUGUUUGUGGCUUGUCUAUCAACCGAAAACAGCAAUUCAGAACCAAAAGAAGCCAGAAUAGAGGCCCCGUUAUUCCUGGGCUUCUCAACCGAUGAUAAGAUCGGAACUAUCCAACCCCAUAACGAUGCUUUGGUGGCCACACUAAGGAUAGAGGGGUACGAUGUGAAAAGAGUGUUGGUAGAUCAAAGAAGUAUUGUCAAGAUAAUGUAUCCUGACCUAUACAAGUGGCUGAAUUUGAAACCUGAGGACCUAACAGCUUAUGAUUCCCCAAUAGUGAGUUUCGAGGGGAAAACAGUUACUCCAAGAGGUCAGAUUGGACUGCCCAUACAGAUCGGUUUGGAUGUGAUGAAAGUGGACUUCAUUGUGGUGGAUGUUUAUUCACCUUAUAUGGCUAUUGUGGCUAGGCCUUGGUUUCAUGCCUUAGAAGCUGUUUCUUCUACCCUUUACCAGAAGGUGAAAUAUCCGUCCAACGACCAAGUUAAAGAGAUAGUAGGGAAUCAAUCCAUGGCUAGACAGUGCAUAGUGGCUGCCAUCUUACAUAGGCUCAAUACAGAGUCCUCGGCCUCUACUGAAAGGAACUUAUAG